UCUUUUCUUGUGCUUGUGGAGAGUAGGUGGACGUGUACGUGUUUGCGUUUUAUUAAGAAAAUUUAAUUUGAAGCGUAUUUUAAUUGCAUAACUUAGUAGCAAAAACAUUGAAAAGGCAAUUUUUGCAUUGAACAUAGAGGAAGUAUUUUCGUUAAAUAUCGGAUUAGAGUCAUAAAUAUCAAAUAUGCCGCGCUAUCGAGAGUGGGACUUGGCAUGCAAAGUAUACGUUGGUAAUUUAGGUUCAUCUGCUUCAAAAUAUGAAAUUGAAAAUGCCUUUAGCAAAUAUGGCCCGCUGAGAAAUGUCUGGGUAGCGAGAAACCCACCUGGAUUUGCUUUUGUUGAAUUCGAAGAUCGCCGGGAUGCGGAGGAUGCAACUCGAGGUUUGGAUGGAACACGGUGCUGUGGUACUCGUAUCCGUGUGGAAAUGUCGUCGGGUCGGUCACGACGUGAUGAUAGACGCCGAGGUGGCGGCGGUGGUGGUGGAAGUACCAGUGGAGGUCGCGGUGGUGGACGCUAUAGGUAAGUACAAGACCGCAAAAAAUUUGCUGCGCAAAAUUAUGGCUUUAUUGAUUUAUAUGGUGGCAAGCAAUAUUGGGAAAGUGCCUUGAGCGAGCCAAAAUUUUCUUAUGGAGGUUUAGUAUGUACUAGUAGAAUGGCGUUAUUUAAUGAUUGUUAGAAAAUCUCUUACAAUGUGGUCGUAAAAAAGUCAUUUAUGUAUGUAUAUGUAGUUGGUUACAUGUAUUGAAACGGAUUGCGUAUGAUCAUUUUUAUUAUUCAUUAACCAAAUUGACUGAUAAUCCAGGAACGUGGAAAAAAUUUACAUUUACAGGCCUUCAAAGCCAAAUAGUAGGGUACCAUUUAGGGAUAUUCUGUAUUACACAUAUUUUACGUGUUUUUUAUCUAGUUUUUUUUUUUGUUAAGGAUAUUGAAAGAGAUUUUAAAUGUAGUUUACGAUAAUCAUU